AAAUUCUGGAAUAUGUUUUUGAUUCUAUGCAUUUUUAUAUUCCUUGCUUCAACCAUAAACAGCGGUCGCGAUGUUUGGCGGUGGACCAGUCAUUGUUUUAAGCUCCGGCACCAAGAGAGAACAGGGUCGAAAAGUUCAGCUUGGGAACAUAUCCGCUGCGAAGGGGAUUGCUGACAUCAUCAGAACAUGUCUUGGGCCAAGAGCUAUGUUGAAGAUGCUGAUGGAUCCAAUGGGAGGAAUUGUCAUGACAAAUGAUGGGAAUGCAAUCCUAAGAGAGAUCACAGUAGAGCACCCAGCAGCGAAGACUAUGAUUGAAAUUGCACGAACACAGGAUGAGGAAGUUGGUGAUGGUACAACUUCUGUUGUCAUUUUAGCUGGUGAAAUGUUGUCUGAGGCCUCUCAGUUCUUAGAACAACAAAUGCAUCCAAGCAUCAUCAUUGGAGCCUAUAGGCAGGCCCUUGAAGAUCUGCUUGACAUUCUCAAAGAUAAAGUGAGCACAGUUGUUGAUAUUAAUGACAGAGAAAAGAUGAAAAGUAUCAUAGGCAGUUGUAUCGGCACAAAAUUCAUCAGAAAGUGGGCCGACCUUGCAAGUGAGAUUGCCUUAGAUGCUACGUACACAGUCAUGCAGGAUGACAAGGGCAGGAAAGAAAUUGACAUCAAGAGAUACGCCAAAGUUGAAAAGAUUCCAGGAGGAUCCAUAGAAGAUUCCAAAGUCCUCAAGGGUGUCAUGCUCAACAAAGAUAUUGUUCAUCCAAAAAUGAAGAGACGCAUUGAGAAUCCACGAGUUCUCUUGCUGGAUUGUGGAUUGGAGUACAAAAAGGGAGAAAGCCAGACGAAUAUUGAAAUAGUGAAAGAGGAAGAUUUCAGUCGUUUGUUGGAACUGGAGGAGGAAAUGAUCCAAUCGAUGUGUUCUGACAUCAUAAGAUUCAAGCCAGAUGUGGUCGUAACAGAGAAAGGGGUGUCUGAUCUCGCCCAGCAUUAUCUGGUCAAGGCCGGAGUGUCAGUGAUCAGAAGGGUGAGGAAGUCAGAUAACAACAGGAUUGCCAGAGCCACUGGAGCUACCAUUGUCAAUCAAACCAGUGAAAUAAAAGAGGAGGACAUUGGAACCAAGUGUGGCCUCUUCGAAAUCAGCAAGAUAGGAGAUGAGUACUUCACUUAUUUCGUGGAGUGCAAGGACCCGAAAGCAUGCACCAUCGUUCUUAGAGGCGCCAGCAAGGAAAUUUUGAGUGAAGUGGAGAGGAACCUGCAAGAUGCUAUGAAUGUGGCCCGUAAUGUCAUGAUUGAUGGCAGGUUGGUCCCUGGAGGAGGAGCUGUCGAAAUGGCUCUGGCUCAAGCUUUGAAUGAGAAAGCAAAGUCAAUAAAUGGAGUGCAACAAUGGCCAUACCGUGCAGUUGCUCGAGCCCUCGAAGUCAUACCCCGGACACUCAUUCAAAACUGUGGUGCUCAACCUAUCAGGGUUCUUACAACUCUCAGGGCGAAACAUGCUGUUGAUAAUAACUGCAGCUGGGGAGUUGAUGGAGACACCGGGGUGAUCGUGGACAUGAAAGAGAAAGGUAUCUGGGAAGCAUACUCCGUCAAGGCGCAGACGUACAAGACUGCCAUUGAGACUGCACGGUUGUUACUGAGGAUCGAUGACAUCGUGUCAGGAUUGAAGAAGAAGAAGGAUGACCACCACCAACCGGCUGCCAAGGAAAAUGAAGCGCCUGAGAACUAAUAAACUACUUUUAAUUUAUAAUUAAUUAUUCGUUAGUCUUUUUUGUUUAUUUUCUUCUCUUGCUGUUGGAAUGGCGUGCACUCAACACGUUUUAGCAGCUCUGUUUUUCAACGCUACAAACUCAAAAUUUAAGUGAAUUUUUCUUGUUUGUGGUUUAUAAUGUUAAGUGUUUUUAAUUAUGUGACUAAAGUUUAUUGUUGUUAAGUGGGUUUUGAUUUCUAAUAAACAAAUUUUUAAGAAGGCAUGUCUUCAUUUUCGCGACGAUAAGGUCAAAUUGGACUAUUGUGAAGCUUCAUAUUUUGCUGAGAUUUGAGUUAAUUUUUCAUUGCGGUUUAGUUGCGAGACGAUUUCUAUUGGCUGAUGUUGAUUUAAUGCGCCGUAGCUAUUGUGUCACUUCUGACUAAAUUUAUUUCUCCACGCAACGAUUCCGUUUGUGAUGUUGUUCGUGAACUUUUGGCUGCGUUCUCGUUUUAUAUGUAAUAAAUAUUUUUUUUACAGCUUACGCCUCAUCUUCUAGAUCUCCUCACUCAGCACUGUUGGGAUAAAUAUUUGAAUAUUUUUGGUUUUGCUUUUAAUGCUUCAAAUAAAAGUUCAGUCGCUUGC